CCCGUUUCUCCUCGCGUCCCGUAGUCCCUGCCCUUGGCACCACGUAAACCUCUCCGGCUCCCACGACGCCUUAGCGCCCACCUGCUUGGAGGCCAAGCUCCAUCAAAAGCGAAGUGGUUCGACCCCGGACGUGGCCUCCAGGUUAACUGACCGCGCCUCUUGGACCAUGGGCACCUACACCUACACCAGCCGGCCCCGGGCCCUGACCUGCCAGCGCCGCCGUUACCGAGACGGCCUUAUACAGCCAGCGGAAGAACCUAUGCCUUACGGAAACAUAAUGUACGACAGAAGGGUGAUCCGAGGCAACACUUAUGCCCUUCAGACAGUGCCGCUGCAUGGGCAGCCUGAUAGUAUAGAGAUUCAGCGACAACAGCAGGCUCAGAAGAGGGCUCUUGCCAGAAAACGAAACCGAGAACAGCUCAGACCACGAACACCAGAACCUGUGGAAGGCAGAAAGCAUGUGGAUGUGCAGACAGAAUUAUACCUUGAAGAAAUUGCUGACCGCAUAAUAGAAGUUGAUAUGGAAUGCCAAACAGAUGCAUUUUUGGACAGACCACCAACACCACUCUUUAUUCCUGCCAAAACUGGCAAAGAUGUGGCCACCCAAAUACUAGAAGGAGAGCUCUUUGACUUUGAUCUUGAAGUUAAACCAAUGUUAGAAGUUUUGGUGGGAAAGACCAUUGAGCAGUCUCUUUUGGAAGUAAUGGAAGAGGAAGAGUUGGCCAACCUACGGGCCAGUCAGUAUGCAUACGAGGAGUUACGCAAUGCUGAGCUUGCCGAAAUUCAGAGACUCGAAGAGCAAGAGAGACGACACCGAGAGGAAAAGGAGCGCCGGAAGCAGCAGCAGUGGGAUGUGAUACACAAGCAUAACGAGACUUCGCAGAAAAUCGCCGCCCGAGCCUUCGCGCAGCGGUACCUGGCCGACCUGCUCCCUUCCGUUUUCGACAGCCUCAGGGAUGGAGGCUACUUUUUUGACCCCAUUGAAAGAGAUAUUGAGAUAGGAUUCCUUCCAUGGCUAAUGAAUGAAGUUGACAAAACCAUGGAACACAGCAUGGUGGGAAGAAUCGUGCUCGACAUGUUGAUUCGCGAUGUGGUCGACAGGAGACUGAGGAUGUAUGAGCGUAAGGAGGACAAACAGCAGUCGGAGCAACUCGAGACCGGGCCUGGGGGUACGGAAACAGCGAGAGGCUCGCUGGCGGAGGCGGAGUUCCAGGACCAGAGUGCAUCGCAGUCACAGAGGCCACUUCCGGACAGACACUCCCUGCCCAGAUCGCCGAAUGAAGGCAGGUAUACAGAGAAAAUGUCAUCCCGAGAAAAGGAGCUCAUGGAAGAAGAAGAAGAAGAAGAAGAAGAGGAAGAAGAAGAAGCUGGGUCGAGAGAAAUGAGGAAAUCUUUAGGGAAGGAAGAACUGUUACAAUAGAGGACAGCUUGGGCGCCCCGAAACCAAGCGACGGCCAGUCAGCAUUGCAAUCAGGUGAUGGUGCCUGAGUCCCCUCAGGCCACAGGAAUUAUGCUGUAUCUCGUCAACAUGUCUUUUUGUCUGAUGGACUGGGCAAAUCAAAUUUGUUAAAAUAAUAAAACUAAUAAAAAGUGAAACUUAAA